AUGAGGAGCCCGCCCCUGCGAAUCAGCGUCAAAGUCGCCGUCCGCCAGAUUCACAGCGCCGCCGCUGCGCCGCGCCCUCGUUCGUUUCACCUCACAUCACAGGCCGGCUUCCCCCGGCGGCGCUACUUCUUCACCUCGAACCCGUAUCUCUCCUCCCAGCCCGGUAGCGACGAUGCGAAACCUCUCGCGUACGAGAAUCGUCCCGACCAGCCGCAAGCGCAGCCCGGCCCUGCCAACGCCAACGCCAACGCCAAUGCCUCGCCGGUAGCCAAGCGCAAGCCCACGCGGGCCACACCGACCAAGAACUCGCUGCGCCGGGUCGCCAUCAUCGCCCAGCAGCCGAAGCGGGGCGGCGGCCAGGGCAGCCCCGGCGGCGUCGACGCGGCCGCGGCCGACCCGUCUAACAUGGUCAGCGCGACGUGCAUCGCCGAGGCCUUCAACAUGGGCGUCGUGCUCGAGAUCCUGUCGUCUCACGGCUUCGCCAUCGACCCGGACGGCACGGGCUUCGACGCCGCCGAGGUGGUGCACGCGCGGGGCGUCAACGGCGGCGACAUCUUCGUCUUCCCGUCGGGCACCAUCGUGACGUGGUCGCUGCCGCCCGACGUCGUGACGCGGCAGAUCCUGCGGGCCGCGGAGGAGCCGCACCCCGAGGCGCUGCGCGAGGUGGAGGACCUCGAGUUCGCGACGGACAACGGCCGCGAGACGAGCACGCUCAAGGGCGACGUCGUCGUGCUGGGCACGCGCAAGGAGCACCGGGACGGCGACCUGCUCGACACCACGCUGGCCAAGGUGGCCUUCUCGUCGGGCCUCGCCCGCAGCACCAAGCUGGCCGUGCUCGAGUCGGCGCUGACGUCGUACUUUGAGAGCACG